GACCGCUCCAUGUGACCCAGUUCAUAGUUGAAAGUCAAACCGACUGCAGCUCUUCAAGCAUGGCGGCUCUGCUGGGACGAAGAGCCCUAAUACAAGCCUUCCGUGUGCACACAGCGGACCGAGACAAUGUGUGCAGGUUAGUUUCGUCUUCCUGCUGCACAAGACAGUACGGUUUACCCGGUAAAAAGCUGGUUACGUCUCACGGAGCGGCGAUACGAUACUACAGCUCCGACUCCAAGGAUGACCUGCGCGUCAGAUACCUCGACGGAGAGGAUUCUGGUGGGUUUAAGGAAGAAACUGUUCAUUUAAAACAAUUUGAGAUGAUUUAAAACAGUGUUUAAGAGACAGUGGCGCUGGUUUUGUCAUACAGAGAGUCACAGAAUUGAACUGCUCAGGUGUAAACAGCAGUAACGUACCCGGAUGCAAUCACAUUAGUGGUCACGCCCACAAUUGUAUUUGGUAGCACGUGUUGACGUCAGGUUGGACGUGAUAAUUUGCCGUGCAGUUAUAACAAGUCUUGAGUGGGUUUUUUUUUUAACCUGUGGGCGAAACUACUGAAGAAUUUUGCAUUCAUGUAUGAGAGAAAAAAUCCACUCUGUUUUUCAUACACUCAGAUGAAGUCCAAUUAGGGCUGGGCGAUAAAACAAUAACAAUAGAUAUCGAAAAUUAAUUUCCCUCAAUAUCAAGAUAAAACAUAGUCAAUAUGCUUUUCUAUAGUCAACAUUCUGCCAAGUUUUGGUAGACUACACGAAUAGCCAAUGAAAAGGGGAGUUGCUCCAGGUCCACUUUGUGCUGAACCAAUUAUGUGCUGGAUUAAGGUCCUUACACACCAGGACCAUUUUUGUCGAUUAUUUCGGACGUCAAUAUUUUUGACGUCCGAAAUAAUGUUAAUGCAAGGAGAGGAUGGCAAUCAUGAGGUCUCUUCUAUUUAUUCUCGAAACUGGGAAAGUGGGAGAUGAGGCCUAGCUACCUGGCAUUAAGCUACACAGACCCACCUGUCAGUCAACUAAGCCCCGUCAAUAAGUUUACCUAAUUAUGCUGUACAGACAAGGCUGUUUUCUUUCAUAUCAGGCUCUAAACUUCCCACAUUUCUGCUGUAAAGAACAUUUUAUUUUGGACCCAACGCUGUACGAAUUUCUUAGAGACAGACCCUCAAGUGGAACUGCAGUUUUUAGCACUUAUAUAUUGGCUUCAGUUUUCACUGCAGCUAUGUUCAAAAUUCAGUUUGUCAGAGUCAGUAAGCAUCUCUCUGCAGUUCUGCCAAUUUUCAAAACACUUCUGCAAAUCCCAUCCCUCAUUUGUUAAUAAAAAAAGCCAAAUUUUAACUUCUCCUGGUGUACACUGGAUUGAGACUCUAGUUCAUAACAUAAUCCGGCCUAGACUGAUACAGUUAGGUUUAGCAGAACUGGCGGCAGAAACAACAGUGACAAAAGAAAAUAAAUAAGGUCAUCUAAGCACAGGGAUCAGAUAAAAUUGGUUUUCUGCCCUGUCUGCUUGUUUGGGCGUGAUAAGAGUUUCUCAGUUUCUCUUGCAUCAUGUUGGAAAGUUGCCUCACCAACAUGAAGAGAGGUCUGUUUUGGGAGAUCUUAGUUGUAGUAGCUUCAUGGGACACAGAGCCUCAGAGAAGCUGAGGUGGGGUCUGGUGCUUGCAUGAUGGGCGAAAAUGAAAAAAUUGCUUAAUCUGAAAAAGAAGCAUUAAAGAGUUUUGUUUUUUUAAGAAAAGGAUGAUCAGUUCAUGAUUAGUUAAAAAGUUAAAGUGACCAACAGAAAAUAGUUGUUGACCAAAAAAUACAGCCCCCAAGGUCAGCCCCUCUCUUCACUCCACAAAAGUUAUCCAAAUGACCCUCUAUAUAUUAGAUGAGAGAGAGGGAGGGAGGGAAAACCAACAGAUCUAUUUGAAAAUGUUUUCAUUCUUUUUUCCAGGUAUUGUUGUUGUGGGGUUAAAUCGACCAAAAGCCAAAAAUGCCAUCAGCAAGAAUCUUGUGAAAAUGGUAAGUAUGACCAUUUUUAAAUCCAUCUCAGCACAUUGAAAAAGUGUGAUUCUGAUCACUAUAGGAGAUUUAUAUUAUAUUAUGUGUCUCUCAGAUGUUUGAGACUGUGGAGGACAUAAAGAAGAACAACAAAGUGCGCAGCGUCAUUAUUUGCAGUUUGGUUCCUGGAAUCUUCUGUGCAGGUUCACUCUCUCUUCUUUUUGGAUUGGAGGGAUUUCUCACUGCUUGAAUGUCUUCCGUUCUCAGUUUUUGUUUAUGCAUAACUGUCUGAAAAGUAUUUUUAUGUUUUUGGGUUUCCUCUGCGAUGCUGAGCUGGUAGAAAAAUUGGUGCACUCAGCUUUUUAUACAGAAGAGUUCAUGCAGAAGAUCUGGCAGAUAUGCAGCUGUUGUGACGGACUAAAUUUAGCUCUUUUCCCACAUGUUUUAGGAAGCCACAGACCUCUGGUUGAUGCUGGGUCUCUCUGUGUGUGUGUGUAUUUGCAUGGUUGUGUGUGUGUAUGCAGGUGCAGAUCUGAAGGAGAGGGCAAAGAUGCACCAAAGUGAAGUUGGGCCGUUUGUGUCCAAAGCACGGGCGCUCAUCACAGAGCUCGGUAAACUAUUAUUUGUGUUUUACAGUGGAUUUUGGAAUCAAUAUCAGAUCCAUUUGUGUGUUUAACUCAGAGAUCUCCUCUAGAUCUGCUUUCACAGGCUACAGUUAUAUGGUGAAAAACUGGAAAGACCUGUUUGAGGAUUUCAGGGUAUUGAUCAGUGGUGUACUAACAUAUGUUGAUUUCUUUUGGGGGAUCAGUUUAUGCACCAGUUAUGAAACAUAGUCUAAAAACAGUCACCUGUCCCUCUGAUCAGUCUAAACUUCAGAUGUCAGGUGCCUUAUUUUAUUUGGUCGCUCUGUCUUAAGCUGUCUGUUUGAGUCCCUUCCAUGUAGAAAUAAAAAGUGCGUUCAAGUCUCUUGACUAUCUCCAUGUUGUUUUUCCUCUUCCAGGUAACCUCCCAGUUCCAACCAUUGCUGCGAUUGACGGAGCAGCUUUAGGAGGAGGUCUGGAGAUGGCGCUCUCCUGUGACAUCAGAAUCUCCUGUAAGACUUUUUGUUGAUCAGUCUGUCAACUUCUGCUCUUCAGAAUUUUUAGUUUUUCAAGUCAAAGUCUCUUCAUUCAGUGCAGCAGCUUUUUUCUACUAAGUUUGUAGUAGCAAAAUGACCUUAAUGCGUGUGUUACAUGUGGCUGUUGUACUGUUUUUACUUUGCAGUUUUGAAAUCUUUCCUUGGGUCGGUGUCAUAGAUGCUGUUGUAAUCUGGUUGCUUGUGCAAAUGUAUCUUCAAUGUUCAGUUUAUUGUUUUCAUCUUAAGUAUUUGCAGAUAAACAAACCCAGAUCAUUCACUUUGAAGGACAAACUUUCACAUUUAUGUUCUGCUGCAAAUCGUGCUUAAUGACAGCUGAUGUUAGAUGAUCAUGAAGAGAUUAUCAGAUCAAAUUUCCAAAUCCAGAUCAGUUACAAAAUGCCCAGAUCUGAUCGUUGAAGUCAGGAUUGGGACUUGCCUUGAGACAGAAGUUUAUUUCUAGUAAAUACAGCCUUUAUAUUUGUCUUCCAGCUUGCAUAUGCUGAUCAUUUUCUGUGACAUUGAUAUUAAUGUGUCGUAUUUAUUAUUUAUUAUAUAUAUUAUCUAUAUUUAUUGUUAAAUGUUUAUGCUCUCUGCUCUUUUUAGCAAAUAAUGCAAAAAUGGGACUGGUUGAGGCCAAACUUGCUAUUAUACCCGGAGCAGGUAAGACUUUUAUCAAGUUAAAAAAUAAAUGUAUGAAUUAUUUUUAAACUGCUUUUGCACAGAGACAUCAAGGUUUCCAUUGACAUCAACUGAACAGAUUUCCUCUACCUUAUAUGUUGUCUCCUUUUUCUUUAUUAUGACUAAAGGUUGUAACCUAAACAGGGUGUGUUUUCACCUCAGCUCACCCUCAUGAAAUCAAAUCUCUUUCUGUUUGUCUCUGACUGGGAUUGACUUUGUUUACUUUCACACAGUUUCUAAGAACCACUCAAAGCUCAAAGAGAGUUAACAAUCAGGCUAAUCUGUCAGCAUUGUUUGACCUUCAUUAUAGUUUGAUACCAACAAUGAAAAAGAUCAAACUUUUUUUGUACAGCACCCUUCAAAAUAGUUUCAAAAGAACAGAACAUUUUUAUGGACUGAUAAAGUUGUGAAUAAUGUGUCACAUUUAGGUGAAUACAGAUGAGACACUGAUUGUGUUUUUGUUUGAGACCACACUACAUAAGUCUCCCUCUAUUUCCUUCAGGAGGGACGCAGCGUCUCCCACGGGCAAUCGGCGUGGCUUUGGCGAAGGAGCUGAUCUUUGCGGCACGGGCGGUGGACGGGAAGGAGGCUCUUCGUCUGGGUCUGGUCAGUCACUCCGUGGAGCAGAAUGAAAGCGGAGACGCUGCGUACCUGCGUGCUCUGGAGCUUGCACGAGAGAUCAACCCUCAGGUAAUGACGGCGUUUAUGUGUGCUAAAGAAUUACAGACUGAGAAAACAGAAGACGGUGAUUCAGUCAUUUAUCAAAUGAGUAAACAGCUUUGGCUUAAAAUUUCCUGACCCAAAUUUUCUCAGAAAAGGAAUCAGAUCACUGCAGUUUUUCCAAAGCUGUCAAUAAAGGAGAAAGUCUUUCUUUUGAUUUUGUCUCCUCAGGGUCCAAUUGCUGUUAGGAUGGCAAAACUGGCGAUCAAUCAAGGGAUAGAGGUGAGUCUCUGACAGUAGUUGUGUAAGACUGUUUUGCAGGGUCUUAUAGCUGUGUUUUAUCUCCCAUGGUUUGAGAGAUGCACCUUAUAGUAAUAUCGGCAGGAUACAGAUGAGCAAUUAUUAGAGUUUCAGCUGUUAGAAGUUUGGAAAAGUACCUGAAUAACUGACUGUCUACUCUGUCCUGUUUUUGGCACCCUUCUGUUGGGGUUCCAACCAGACUAGAACUUAGAUGCAUUGCAAUCAAUUGAUUUUUAGAAAGGUGGGGAGCAGGAUUAUGUUUUUUUAUGUUCAUUUGUCUUCAUAUCAGGGAAUGCUUUGUUUUUUUAAUGUUUUUGUCUGAUCAAGAAACUGUCUUGUUUAAAAGGGCAGCUCAGUUUACACACAGACACCAGCUGAGCAGAUAGAAGGAAAGAGAGACUGCAGAAAUGUGAGAUAGAAAGCAGUUAAGAAGUGCUGCUGUGUGAAAAGCAUCAUGUUUUUUUAUGUACGUACAGCUGAUUCAAAGCCCUCAGUUAAUCAUUUUGGUGACUAUAACUUGGCUGACAUCUGCAUCAUCUCAUCGCCGGCCUGCACUGGUGGUCUGAACAGCAGCCAAUACACUUCCUGAGUGAAUCGCCAGGAUAAAGUUGGCUGGGGAACAACAUCAGGGUUUGCCAAACUGUGCCAAACCAAAGUGGAUUGCUUAGUGGAAACACACCAUAACGGAUGUCAAACUGUCUUUCAGGUGGAUCUGGCCACAGGUCUUGCAAUUGAAGAGGCAUGCUACGCCCAGGUGAGUAAUGAAAUCAUCACAAACACUUUCAUUUCCCUGCUGUAUGGCAUAAACAUGAAAGUGGAGUUUAACUGAGGUGUCUUUGCCGAGUUACUCCAAAAUGUGACCUAAUUUAUGGUGCUCCCUUUUAAUGGGCAUCAUAAACAAUUUAGACAUAUAUCUUUUAUAAACGAUGAAAUUCUGCAGUUUUAACAUUUGCUUGGCCCCCUUUUUUUAUACACAAAGGCCUCAAAGGAUCAAAAUCUGUAAAUAUUCAACAGGAGACAAAAAGGACAGGUUCUUCUUCCAAAUAAACAGGCUGAAGAUAGAUUUGUAGGAUUUACCUCUGAUAGGUGUACAAUGUUUUUUUUAUUUUUUUAUUUUUUAGGUGAUUCCGACUAAAGACCGUCUGGAGGGUUUGGCUGCCUUUAAAGAGAAGCGGCGCCCUCACUUUAAGGGCGAGUGAGGCGUGCGUCGCCGUCAGCUCUCAUUCUGCUCCACUGCUUCAACAUAUUAACGGGUUUAUACUGUACACGACAACACAUCAACCUGUACAGAACCCAGAGGAUGAGCCAGUGACGGCAGGACAUCAGGGACCAUCCUGGCGGCUGGUUUGACUGCUGAGUCAUGUUCCAGUUUAAAGGAUGAGUCGGCUAACACUGAGAAAGAGGGUUCAGAGAAACAAAGGAAACUACCCGUGCAUUAACCCACAAAACAUCUUGGCAACACGUGAAUAAUACACAUACUAACAUUAAUAACUCCUCAUCUGCAGAAUGAUUGGCAGGUAGUCACUAACAGUAGCGUCUCAGAUUUGUUAACCAAUCAGAGAGCCAUAGAACCUCCACAGCAGUCUCCAAAUUUCUCUGCAGAAGGUUUAUUUCUUUUUAUUUUGCUGAAGUAGCUGUUUUAAAAUCACUACAUAACCUCAGAAGUUUGUGCUGGAAAUCAUUAAACACAGCAGAUUCUCCCACAGCUCAAUCAUGGUCAGAAGGUGGAGGUUUGAGACUAGACGAACAUCCACGCUGUUUUUAUUUUUUUGAAAUCAAGUAGAGGGUUCCCUUCCACUUUUUCAAUAAUCAGCUUUUAAAAUAAUAUCUACAGAACCUGAAAUUAGUCAGAAAUGCUGAAUUCAUUUGAAGUUUUUUUCUGGAUGGGGCAAAUCAGAGAAGGAGAAGGGAUUGACUGGACUCAACCAGCAGGCAGACGCGUCUGCAUCGUGAUUUUUGCACGUAAACACUAAAACAUGUUCCCAGAACCUGCAGUGCUUCAUAUAUCUCCAUUUCACAGGCUGUAAAAUACAGUGACAGUGUAGAUUUUAGGAUGAACAGGUGGUCAAAUUUUUAAAAACAAACAAAGCAUCACUGCCAGUUUUUGUAGGAUUUCAUCAUACCAGAGUAUUUUGACCUUUUGAGCAACUUUAAGUUGCCAUAGGUUUCAUUCAGAAAUUUGCUUGGUUAUUAAAACCUCCCUGCAAAAGCAACCCCUUUUCCAUUGUUGGAGAUUAAUCCAUUUUGUUUGGCUGGUGCUCAACAUCACUGCACAUCAUUUGAUGCAUUUAAUUCUAUAUGAAUAUGGGCAACAUGUCUUCAUCUCCUGCUACUGUGAAAAGCUGAAGCUGUAAUGUCCUGGGACAGAUAAUGCAGCAGAUGUCUGAAUUAGCAUUAAUGUCACAUCCCCCCUGCUACCACUAACCUCCAUUUACCUUGUUGAUAAGUCAUAGAAGCUCAUUCAGGUGGAUAUACAUAAUCAGCAUGAUAAAAAUGUGACUGUCACUUUUUCAAUAAAUCCAGUUGGAACGAAUAUUAAACACCAACAUGCUGAUGUUCAGAGUAUUCAGACACGAUACAUUUCCAUCCCGUCAUUUUCUGGUUUUAUUAACAGUAAAACAACAUAAAAUAAACAGCAGCUCAAUGAGACUUAAAAUUAAGAGAAUUCCAACAACGUUAGCUUAAACAGUAACAGUAUUUGUAUUAGACCAACAACAUGAUGGUCUUGUAAUAAUAAUAAUAAUAAUAAUAAUAAUAAUAAUUAUUAUUAUUAUUAUUCACCAGAUACACAAGGAUCUGUAUUGAGUGUCCAAAAUUAACUAUUUUACUCACUAGUUCAGUUCACAGGAAGAUUAAAAAGCUCACAGGCCAAUCAUAACUUAACCAGUUGUAGUUAAAAUGACACAUCUGUUUUGGUACAUUUGAUUUCAGUAACGUCUUACUAAAUGCAAACCAAACAGCAGUCCCAGGCAACAACUGAAAUGCAGUCUCUGCUAAUGAUUGGUUUUAAAAGACUGAGCACAACUCAAAGUCUUGAUCUCUAAAAUUCUAUACUGUAACUACAAAAACUAUCAUAUGGCUCUUGGAGGGUGUUUAAGUUUCGGACCCUUGAUGUAUCUUCCCUUAAAUAUUACCUUCUGGUGAGUAGCGUCAUGCCUCCUCUGCUGCCUCACAGGUGAGCAUGCAGAUUUGUUGUCUUUGAAGAGUAAUGUGUUCACACCAAAUGCCAGUAAAAUCCUUUGUUUGAGUGAAAGUCAAUAUAAAGACACAAGUUCUUGUUGGGUUGAGUAAAUUGAGUGGAUUGUAUGUGUGAAAGACACAUUCGUGAUAGAGAUCCCAGGUGAUAUGUGUGACUAUUUAUGGAGGUUCAGGGUUAAAAUGGCAUCUUUAAUGAUUAAGGGUGUAUAAACAUUUGGAAAUAUCCUUCACAUUACAUGGUCUGUUCACUGUCUUUAAUUCGCUGCUUUCUCACUGUCAUUUUCAGUACAUGGUUUCACCUCCAUUUGGACUCCCAACAGUUUUACUCACACUAAUAAAUCCUGAUGAUAUAAACCACCUGGACUUGUUGAAAGCCAUGGAAAAAGUUUGACCUUAAGCUGUAGUACUUUUUUUUUCUUCAACAUGUUUCAAAAGAUUUUUUUCUACAAUGCCACCAACGUUAUUUUUUUAUUGGGAAAUGCUGAUAAGAUUAAUGCAUAUUUGUGCUUAUUCUGUUACAGGACUGACAGGACAAAUAGAAGCCCAUAAAUUGUGCAUUGAUCCUUUAACAGCAGAGAAUGUAACACAUUUGAACAUAUCCAUGUUUACCUGAUAUGCCUUGCGUGUGGAUUUGUGUUCGACUCCUUUCUGUGUCAGUAAUUUAAACAUAUUUGGAGAGCAGCCAUCAGUCCUGAUUUCUUUCAUGUCCUCUGAGUUGCCUUUUCUUCUGUACUGUAUUAGUUUCAGUCUGAUUGGUUUAAGUUUCUAUUUGUGAAUUAAUGAGUAAAAAACCUCCAAAUGUCUGAAUGAAAAUGUUGGUAAGUGAAUCAGCCACUCUGAAGAUAAUCUGAUGAUGUUGGUGAAGUCUGUGAAUAAAUCUGUCACACAGAAAC